AAAGCGUUCGACGGCUCUGGAACGACUGGCACUGAAUCGGGCUAGAGCCGCUCAACCCGGUGCUUUGGAAGGUGGCCUCUCCGCCACGCUUGGCGCGCGCUCGCUCCGCGUCAAUAUUUCGAGCACCUUUGCCUUUAACCACCUCGCGCACACUCACGCUCCUCACACGCAUCACACCUGUUCCCUCCCCGCGACCCCCCGUCUCAACCGCCACAAUGGCCAUCUCUCCGCAAAUCUCCAACCUGGUCAUCAUCCUGUACGUGUGUCGCGCGCGUGUGCACGCAGCGUUCUAAUGAAGAAAACAGGGGGUUCAUGCAGAUCUCCAAGAAGAUCCCGUUCGAAGACCCAAGCGUGCUCAACGGCGUGCGCGCGCUGUACAUUGUGUCCAAUGUGAUCAUCGCCGCGAUUUACUUCUACGUGCAGAUGCAGAUCAACAAGAAGAACGACAUGACGGUCGUCAAGUACGUCGAGCCCGCGCCCAUGGGCUCAGGCGAGGAGCCCAAGUUCGUCGCCACCACGGUCAAGGCGUACGACCUCCAGCAACUACGCGGCCUGUUCAAGGGCCAGCUGAUGGGCGUCGGCAUGAUGGCGUUUAUGCAUCUGUACAUGCAGUACACGAACCCGCUGCUGAUCCAGAGCAUCAUCCCGCUCAAGGGCGCCUUCGAGGGCAACCUUGUCAAGGUCCACGUCUUCGGGCAGUCGGCGACGGGCGAGCUGGCUAGGCCGUGGAAGGCGGCUGCGGGGCUCAUGGGCGCUAUGCAGGGUGGUGAGAUUAAGACGGAUAAGAAGAGCGUCGAGGCUGCGGAGCGCGCGGGCCGUGGUGGUGUCAAGGAUGAGUAGGCGACGGGCUGGGCGGGUGACGGACGGACAGGGCUCAAGGAAAGGGUGGCGAGAUAAUUGAGUGUACAAUUGAAAAGGCGAUUACUUCCAUUCCAUGCACAAACAUGCAGAACACACGGACAGAACACACGGACA